UUGCGUAUAUUUGGAAAAUUUAACCAUCUUGUUUUUUUCUACCCAUCUUGUUUUUGUUUCGCCCUAUCUCACUAUUUUUGCCAUCUGCAGAGGAUGUCAUCCAUAUAAUUUACUUUCUGUGGCCUUAUAAGUCUGGCAAGAAAAGAUCGCCUUCACUAUGAAACCUUAGUGGUCAGAAAGUUUGAACAAAUGACAGAAUGCACAGAACAUGCAUAUGGUAUACAAAGCAAUGAAUUUCUUACUUUUGUUCAUUCACAUCUUCUUUGACUUUGGAAUUGACGUUGUCAUUCUACGACAUUAGUAGUCACAUUCCGAUAUUUUUUUUGGAUGUGAGGCAUAUAUUUGCUCGUUUUCCAGCUUCUUUGUAUGGGCGAAAACUUUUCUGUUUUGGAAAUGGACAAAAAUUGAUUCGUGCACAGUCAUCCAUAUAAUCGAGUCAGUGUGGCCUACCUUUGAAAUAUAAGCCACAGAGGCUGUAAUUAAAGGAAGUACUGUAUGCCAAACCUUGCAAAAAGAGUAUUCAUUGAUAAAGAAUUAAUCAAUCUUGUGCGGAUAUGCCAUUGCAAAUUGUACAUACAUGCGUGUGUAAUAUUAUAAUAAGCCAUUCAGUGUUAUGGAUAAAUUGUCCUAGAUCUUGCACAUGUGACCCUGACCAGCAUGAAUUUAAACAUACAUUUUUUUUUACUUAGAAGAACUCCCCCUGCCAAAGAGUAGUAAGAACACAGCUCUGAAAAGCUUGCUUUCAAGGAAAAUUACAGCAAUUUAAAACUCCAAAUUAGUUAAGCCUUGUUUGUGGCACCAGGUCUAAAACCUGAUGAAUGUUACAAAACCAGAUCUAUGGGAGGUACCCCAGUUAAGCGUUGCCGGACAGAGAAGUUUUUGUUUGCUUGAUUGUCAACCUAUACCUCAAAGUAAGAAAACAACACAUUGUUUGAGAUCUGUUGAACAUAUUUAUGUCUUUUGUUAGAUUGUCCGGGUCAUGCUUGUUGACAUUAAUGGUUGAUCUAAAAGCGCCGUCAGGUAAACCCAGCAGACUCGCUUACCAACAUGUGUCCGUGAUACAAUCAUGGCGGAACCAAAAUGGUGAAAGUGAUUUCUGAACUUCCGGAUUUCAGGUUACCCACAAUGCCUGAGGCAAGUCGGCUAGUCACGCGGUGCGAUAAUGGGCGAGUCCAAAACAUUAGAUAAAGGUGUGUUAAGGUUUAGGAAAACUUUCAAGCCUACAGUAUUUUUCUUCCUAGUAUCUCAAGACUACAAUGCAAUGACUGCAACUAUGGAAUGGCUCAUGUUGAAGGUAGUUUUGUGAUGCCUUACUUCUUGUAACCAUAAUAACUUUAAGCAGGCAUUUAGUAUGAUCCAGGAAGUGACGUCAACCUCGGCCAUUUUUGGACGGCGUAUGGACGAGAUUGCGAAGAGGUAGGUUGUCUUUCUUUCCCCUCUGAUCGGCAAAUUCUCCCUUUAAUUGUUUCGUAAACAUGGAGUUUGUGUAACUUAAGCCUUGUCGUACCUUAUGUCUACUAUCUGUGGUGGUAAACACGGCAGGUUGGACGGGUAGACGCAGUUCUUCGGGACACAAUGGAGCACUAGAGAAAGCAUGUGACGGCAUGUCAUAACACAGCUUGUCCGCCAUUGCUGUUGUGUGUGUUGUUUCUGCAAAUGUUCUAGUUGUUAGUACGUAUGAAGAUGGUAAAUUUUGUCCUUAAUCCAAUAACUGAUGAAUUGUGUUUGUUUACUUCACCCUCCCUUUAUUUGUGGUUUCUUAUCAGGUGACAAUUUCAAAAUAACUAGUGACGUGACUGCCAUAGGACCGUCUACUCCAACUUCUGUGACAGAAGUAGGAGGGGCAGAAAAAGAAAAUGGACCUGAAAGGCAGGACUGAAGAAGUAGAUGUCAGAAUGGAUAGAGAAAUGAGGGAGGAAAAUAGAAGGCGUGCAGCAACAGCACGAGACUCGGGUUUUGACAGUGUAAACAGCAUGGAUGGAAAUGCUGUGGGAAUUGAUGACACAGAGGUAAAGACACCAGAAAAGAGCACAUGGGAGGACAUGUGUGGAAAUGCCCCUGAACUGAAGAAACCAGUAGCAGAUAGCAGAAUACCUAGCUUUAAUAAAACUAACAGAGAGGCUGAAACUAUGGCGUCUUUGUUUGAAAAAAUAUCAUUUCGUGCCACUGAAGCAGCAAAUGAGUGUCGGCGUCAACGGGAUGGCCAUGAGGUGGAUAGUUCCGUGUGUCAGGAAAAACUCACUAAGAUAUGUGAGCUAACCACCUGGAUUAUGAAUCAUACUGACUGGAAAAGUAUAAACAGACAGGCAUCAGCUACUCUAGCUUCAGCAACAUCUGUACCUAGUCUGCUAUCAACAGAUGAGGCUCCUUUGCCACCAUCAGCUAACCAAAAUCUACCUGGAACAGCAAGCCAGGAGCUAGCCGGUACAGCUCACGUACCUGCAGCAAGCCAGGAGCUAGCAGUGACAGCUCAUGUACCUGCAGCAAGCCAGGAGCCAGCGGUGACAGCUCACAGACCUGCAGCAAGCCAGGAGUUAGUCACUACAGCUCACGUACCUGCAGCAAGCCAGGAGCCAGCGGUGACAGCUCACGUACCUGCAGCAAGCCAGGAGCUAGCAGUGACAGCUCACGUACCUGCAGCAAGCCAGGAGCUAGCAGUGACAGCUCACGUACCUGCAGCAAGCCAGGAGCUAGUCACUACAGCUCACGUACCUGCAGCAAGCCAGGAGCUAGUCACUACAGCUCAUGUACCUGCAGCAAGCCAGGAGUUAGUGGCUACUGCUCACGUACCUGCAGCAAGCCAGGAGCUAGCGGUGACAGCUCACAUACCUGCAGCAAGCCAGGAGCUAGCCGGUACUGCUCACGUACCUGCAGUAAGCCAGGAGCUAGUCACUACAGCUCACGUACCUGCAGCAAGCCAGGAGUUAGUGGCUACUGCUCACGUACCUGCAGCAAGCCAGGAGCUAGCGGUGACAGCUCACAUACCUGCAGCAAGCCAGGAGUUAGUGGCUACAGCUCACGUACCUGCAACAAGCCAGGAGCUAGCAGUGACAGCUCACGUACCUGCAGCAAGCCAGGAGUUAGUGGCUACUUCUCACGUACCUGCAGCAAGCCAGGAGACAGCGGUGACAGCUCAUGUACCUGCAGCAAGCCAGGAGCUAGUCACUACAGCUCACGUACCAGCAGCAAGCCAGGAGACAGCGGUGACAGCUCAUGUACCUGCAGCAAGCCAGGAGCUAGUCACUACAGCUCACGUACCAGCAGCAAGCCAGGAGACAGCGGUGACAGCUCAUGUACCUGCAGCAAGCCAGGAGCUAGUCACUACAGCUCACGUACCUGCAGCAAGCCAGGAGCCAGCGGUGACAGCUCAUGUACCUGCAGCAAGCCAGGAGUUAGUCGCUACAGCUCACGUACCUGCAGCAAGCCAGGAGCCAGCGGUGACAGCUCACGUACCUGCAGCAAACCAGGAGCCAGCGGUGACAGCUCAUUUACCUGCAGCAAGCCAGGAGCUAGCCGGUACUGCUCACGUACCUGCAGCAAGCCAGGAGUUAGUCGCUACAGCUCACGUACCUGCAGCAAGCCAGGAGCUAGCAGUGACAGCUCACCUACCUGCAGCAAACCAGGAGUUAGUGGCUACAGCUCACGUACCUGCAGCAAGCCAGGAGCCAGCGGUGACGGCUCAUGUACCUGCAGCAAGCCAGGAGUUAGUCGCUACAGCUCACGUACCUGCAGCAAGCCAGGAGGUAGCAGUGACAGCUCAUGUACCUGCAGCAAGCCAGGAGUUAGUAGUCACUACAGCUCACGUACCUGCAGCAAGCCAGGAGUUAGUCGCUACAGCUCACGUACCUGCAGCAAGCCAGGAGGUAGCAGUGACAGCUCAUGUACCUGCAGCAAGCCAGGAGUUAGUAGUCACUACAGCUCACGUACCUGCAGCAAGCCAGGAGUUAGUCACUACAGCUCACGUACCUGCAGCAAGCCAGGAGCUAGUCGCUACAGCUCAUGUACCUGCAGCAAGCCAGGAGUCAGUCGCUAAUAUAGCUCUUGUACCUACAGUAAGCCAGGAGCCAGCAGUGACAGCUCAUGUACCUGCAGCAAGCCAGGAGUUAGUCGCUAAUAUAGCUCUUGUACCUACAGUAAGCCAGGAGACAGCAGUGACAGCUCAUGUACCUGCAGCAAGCCAGGAGCUAGUCACUACAGCUCACGUACCUGCAGCAAGCCAGGAGCUAGUCACUACAGCUUAUGUACCUGCAGCAAGCCAGGAGUUAGUCGCUACAGCUCACGUACCUGCAGCAAGCCAGGAGCCAGCGGUGACAGCUCACGUACCUGCAGCAAGCCAGGAGUUAGUCACUACAGCUUAUGUACCUGCAGCAAGCCAGGAGUUAGUCGCUACAGCUCAUGUACCCGCAGCAAGCCAGGAGCUAGCAGUGACAGCUCACGUACCUGCAGCAAGCCAGGAGUUAGUCGCUACAGCUCAUGUACCUGCAGCAAGCCAGGAGCCAGCGGUGACAGCUCACGUACCUGCAGCAAGCCAGGAGUUAGUCGCUACAGCUCAUGUACCUGCAGCAAGCCAGGAGCCAGCGGUGACAGCUCACGUACCUGCAGCAAGCCAGGAGCUAGCAGUGACAGCUCACGUACCUGCAGCAAGCCAGGAGCUAGUCACUACAGCUCACGUACCUGCAGCAAGCCAGGAGCUAGCGGUGACAGCUCACGUACCUGCAGCAAGCCAGGAGCUAGCGGUGACAGCUCACGUACCUGCAGCAAGCCAGGAGGUAGCAGUGACAGCUCAUGUACCUGCAGCAAGCCAGGAGUUAUUAGUCACUACAGCUCACGUACCAGCAGCAAGCCAGGAGUUAGUCACUACAGCUCAUGUACCUGCAGCAAGCCAGGAGCUAGUCACUACAGCUCAUGUACCUGCAGCAAGCCAGGAGUUAGUGGCUACUGCUCAUGUACCUGCAGCAAGCCAGGAGCUAGCGGUGACAGCUCAUGUACCUGCAGCAAGCCAUGAGGAAGACCAGAUACAAGGAUCCAUUUUUGAAGAUUUUGAGGGAUUGACUGAGGAAGAACUGUUUGGACGUGCAACAGCACCCCCAGUACACCUGGCAAAUUUCCAGUACUGGCUUCCCCAGGCACCACCUGGACAGAUAUCUUUGCUUGAAGAAAUCAGGCAAAGGCAUCGUCAACACAUCAGCACAAACCCACGGGCGCAGCGUUUACGAGUUGACAGACACGAUGGAAGUCCACUUCACCAGCAGAAUAUCAACUAUUACCUUGAUAACCCCGAAAGCAUCUGGCAUGAGCAGUAUGUAGUAUUUUGA